ACUGAAUAAAUAAUAAUGGAGGACCAGAGAAAACCUAAAGACCUACCUUAUGAGAUGACUCCUGAAGAGUCCUUGCUGAGGGAUCAGAUUUACGAUGUAAUAUCGACCAUAAGAGACCCUGAGAAGCCAUAUACUUUGGAAGAUCUUGAUGUUGUCAAUGAUGAAUUGAUCAUGGUUAGGAGCACAAAAGAUAAAGAGUACACAUAUGCCAUAAUAAAAUGGGUACCUACAGUCCCUCACUGACACUUAGCUUUAACAAUCGCUCUAUGUAUGAGGGCUAAAAUAGAAAGAGAAUUAGGACUCCCAAACCUUAAGAUAGACAUUAUUGUCGAAGAUGGAAAACAUCAGCAGAAAGGAGAAAUCGACAGACAAGUAAAUGACAAAGAGAGAUACUCAGCUGCCUUGGAGAAAGAAGAAGUUAUGGAUGUUAUUGAGGACCUAAUCAAAGACCAAUAUUAGAAGAACGUCCAUGCGGUCAAAAAUUCUA